AUGACAUCGAAACCCGGGAGGAAAUCUUUUCACUACAGAAAUCCUAGCUGGACAUCAACUAUGCCACCAGUUCGCCGCGCGACGCGGAAAAUCCGGGAGGCCAUAAAGAAAAUCCCUACAAAAACUGCAUCUGGUAAACCAAAACCAAAAUCAAAGCCACUCCCAUUAGUGGAGCGCACGAAUGCAUUAUCGCGGGAGGAGUUCAUAUCCUUACAUAUUCCUCCCUCGGAGCUAAAUUUCCAAAAAAAGGUGAAGGAGCUAGGGGGUAAAAUUUGCUCAGCACAAACUGAAGAAAAUGUAUCACAAUCACAAGACAACGCCCCCUCGCAGAUACCAGAGAGCGAAAGGCACAACUCAUACGAGAUUUCUGUCCACGCAGCAUCCACAAUUCCUGCUACAGACCUGGAGUCAUGCUUCAAGCUGAUCGAGUUAACAUCAUCAGCCGCAUACAAGGACUCUAGCAUGGGCUGGUCAGCGUCGGAAAAGAGGAAAGAGAUGAAGCUCCCUGAUAUGAAGUACAUGAUUUUGCGACGCCGCGCAACAGCCAAUAUCCCUAAUGGAUAUGAAAAUGUUGAGGGAGACGAUCAAAGCUCUGAUACUGGGGAAUUUGCAGGCUUCAUUGAAUUUAUGGUUACAUAUGAAGAUGGCUAUGAGGUGCUAUACUGUUAUGAGAUUCACCUUAUGCCGAAAGUGCAGAGCCAGGGAUUAGGAGAGGAGUUAAUGGAAAGAUUUGAGCGGAUAGGACGGGCCAUUGGUCUCGAGAAGGCGAUGCUGACUGUUUUCAAAUCGAAUAGUCGUGCGCUCAAAUUCUACAUGAGGGUGGGAUAUACAGAGGAUGAGAGCUCUCCGCGCCCGCGGAAACUGAGAAAUGGAAAUGUGAAGGAGGCGGACUAUAUGAUUAUGUCCAAAAACUUGCGCUAG